UGACAUAAUUUGUGCUGCUGGCAAAAUACUAGUAGCCUACAGUGCCUAGCUAACGUUGGCAAGCAAUACAAAUACGUUUAUCAUGGCUGGUAGAAAGGCCGUAGAACUAGUAGUGUAUUUAGAUUUAUUGUCUCAACCAUGUAGAGCAAUACAUAUAUUUCUUAACUGCAAUAAAAUUCCACACAAGGUGAAAACAGUUGCAAUACGAAAAGGGGAGAAUAGGACACCAGAGUAUACAAAACUCAAUCCCAUGCAGAAGGUCCCUGUGAUGGUCGACAAUGACUUUGUUCUGACUGAGAGUGAUGCCAUAUUAAAAUACCUGGCCACCAAAUAUGAUGUCCCAGGUAACUGGUACCCACGCCACCCAGAGAGGAGGGCGAGAGUGGAUGAAUACACAGCCUGGCACCAUACCAACACCCGGCCACAUGCGGCCAAGGUCUUUCUCAUGGAGGUUUUACUGCCCCAUAUGACAGGGCAGCCAGCAGACCCACUGAAGGUGGAGCGGGCGUUGGCAGACCUGAGUGACACUCUGGAGAAGCUGGAGAACAUGUUCCUCAAGAGACAGCCCUUCCUCUGUGGAGAUGACAUCAGCCUGGCUGACCUGCUGGCCGUGUGUGAACUCAUGCAGCCCCUAGGUGGCGGCAGAGACAUCCUGAAGGAUCGUCCCAAGCUGUUGAGCUGGAAAAGUCGUGUCCAGUCUGCGCUGGGUGAUUCCUUUGGCAAGGCACACACAGUGCUGUACAGUCUCCGGGACAGGUCCAAAGCAAAGCUAUGAAAUAAUCUCAAUAUGGUUUGAUAUAAAAGCUUGCACAAUGCUUGAAAGCAACACUACUACCAGAUGUCUAUACGGAUUAUGUUUGUGCUGUCCAUGUUGACCUCGAGAUUGAGGUUGUUUAUAGGCUCAAUGGGAGAGUGAUCAGUGCCUUACAUUAACCUCUGUGUGAUAUGCUACAAAAUUACUAGCUAGAUGGUUCAGCAUUAUGAACCUUGAUCUGGAGUGGAGAUGGGAAAUGUUGAAUAGAGUAAGAUAAUAUAAAAUAUUAUCUAGAAGAGUAAUAUAUUUUCAAUGACAUACAACUGCCUAGAAUGAAUGGAUGCAUAACAAUAAAAACCAGUGGAAAAUGUUUGUUUAUUCAA